AUGACUGCCAGUACCGCCUGGGUCGAUGGCCCUUUCCAACUAUUGGAAACACCUUCUGCAACGAAAAAUGUGGAUGAUCAUCCCGCUCAUUACAUCGCAAACGAGGUGGCAUUUGCCCAUAAUGCUAUGCUACGAGGACCGAAUGCUAUUUAUCUCCAGGCGCCGCAUAUCAGUGCUACAGAUAUUUCCGACUUUCUUUUCUUUGUUGCCUCAUGGUCCGCAUGGGUGGUGCACCACUAUACCAUUGAAGAAGACAAAAUGUUCCCACUAUUUGAAUCAGUCUCUGGAGUCAAGUCUCUUCGGCAGAACGUCGAACAGCAUCAUGCUUUCUCUGGUGGGCUCGCUGAACUCAAUAAAUACGCAACCACUACCUCAACAGAAGGGUACUCGGGCCCCAAAGUUCAGGAGAUGAUCAGAUCGUUCGGAAGCACCCUCCGAACGGAUCUUGGGGACGAGAUUGACACUCUUUGGGCUAUGGACUCCGUUCCAGCGAAUACAGCUGGAAGUGAGCGACUGCUCUCAAUCUACAAGCAGUGUGAGGCAGAAGCUGGAAAACAAGACAAGGCAAUCGUGCCACCAAUGGUACUUGGGUUGUGUGACCGAACCUUUCAAGGUGGAAAUGAUUGGCCAAAAAUGCCUUUGGGAUCGGCUUGGAUCGUGCAUUACAUGUUUGGGAGGAAGCAUCGUGGAUCUUGGAGGUUUCUUCCGAGUGAUACUUGGAGAAACCCUAAGAAGCUUUAUGCUCUAGGUGAAUGA